AUGUCACAAACACCAGAGACAAAUGUUCUACCUUGGGGCAUUUGUACCCCAGCAGGACUUGUGUUCCUCUUCCUUCAUCUUUUGCCACACCUGCCCAUCACAGUCACCUCUAUGACCUCAGUCACAUGCCUUCUCUCCAUUUCAAGCCCUUUGUUAUGCAGAUAUGCUAUCCAGAUCCAGACCCUUGGGAAAUCUCAGGAUGAAGAACUAAUGGCCCCAGAUUCACUCAGGCUGUUCUCAACAACACCAGACAGAAGCUCUCAUCAGACACAAUCAGGUCGAUGGGAAGUUGGAGCAGGAAGGCUGGCAUCCAGCAGGCACACCUGGUGGUUGUGUGCUUCUUUUCCUCCGGAUUCUAGGACUGGGCCCUUUGCACCUCUGAUCUUUAGGUCAGCUGCUUCACCAGAACUAUCCUGUGCAAAACCCAGCCCUGAGGCCACCACCACGGACUCACACCAUGCCAUGGGAUAUAAAGUUUCCACCCUGCAAUUUCUGGGCCCGGAUCCACAGGCUUGGAAACCUGGUGCCCAAGAAGAAAUGCAUCUAUACCCACUGAAAAUAGGGGGGGAAGAAGUAAUAAUCCAGAGGCUCCAGGGCUGCCAGGUGCUCGCAACCUGCAGGGAACAGCUGGUUCAGACCCAGUCCCUAUGCCUGCCAGCCUCCCAGAUCUGCUGGCCUCGUGGAUUGACCAGUCAUGGGUCCAGCCUGGGGGCCCGGCCCUCUGAGCACCCAGCGAUAUGGUCUGAUCAGUGGUGUGCUGAGGGGAGAGGUCGUUCUCAUAUGGAGCUGCCAAAGGGGAGCCCUGGAGGCCGAAUGAUACCUCCUAACUCCCUGAGGAUUUAUUGCAUCGAAGAGGACAGAAUGACAGCUCCAGUCCAAGCCCUGCCUCUUGGGGGACCUGUGUCCUUGGGAAAGUCACUAUGAAUAAGAAUAAUAAUGCUCACUCUGGAGACAUCCUCCACCAUGGGCCUGGGAUGGGUCAAGUUUAUUCCUUUGUAAAUAAAUACUAUUUGUCAACUCACAUACAAUGUGAUUCUUUACCCAUUUGUUCCCUAUAAUAAAGUACAAGUAUGAUUAUAACAACCACA